AUGGAGGAUUAUGCACCAAGUCGUUAUAAAAUAUUGGAAAAAAUUGGUGAAGGCGUGCAUGGCUGUGUAUUCAAAGCUCUCGAUUUACACCGCAAGUGUCCGGUGGCAAUUAAAAAAGUUGCUUUAAAAAAUAAAUUUGGAAUUAUUUCACUGAACACCUUGAGGGAAAUAAAAACAUUGCAGCUAGCGAAAUGUGAAUAUAUCAUUACUAUCAUUGACGUUUUUCCCGAUGUUAUUGGCCUUUCACUGGUCUUGGAGUAUAUGCCCGAAACACUGUAUGGCAAAUUGAAAAAUGAAGUUAGUCCCCUAAGCCGGCAACAGGUUCGAAAAUUUGCCCUAAUGAUGCUUAAGGGUAUUCAAUAUUUACACAGAUUAGAAAUAAUACAUAGAGAUAUAAAACCCGCUAAUCUGCUAAUAAGUGAAAAUGAAAUUUUAAAAAUAGCCGAUUUUGGUUUGGCACGGCUUUAUUUCCCCGAAGAUGAGGCACGUCUCUAUUCGCCACAAGUUUCGACACGAUGGUAUCGUGCACCCGAAAUACUUUGGGGUAGCCAAAAGUAUGGACCGCCCGUGGACAUGUGGGCAUCUGGGUGUGUUAUUGCUGAAAUGUUGCGGGGUGUGCCAUUAUUUGCGGGCACCACCGACAUUGAACAAUUGGCUCUUGUUAUACGUACUUUGGGUACUCCCCGGCUCACAGAAUGGCCAGAAUUGACAUCAUUACCGGAUUAUAAUAAAAUUAGAUUUCCCAAUGCUGUGGGCAUGCACUGGGAUAAUUUAUUUCCCAGCUGCACCUAUGCUGCCGAAAUAAACUUAGUAUCGAAUUUAGUUGUAUACAAUCCAAAAAAUCGUUUAAGUGCAGAAGAAGUGAGUAGCACAACCAACAUCAUAUUUUAUAAGUUCUGA